AUGGCUAUUGGAGUGGAUACGUCUAAAUGGAAACCUAGGAAAUUAAAUGGAACCCCGGCUGGUAAAGCUAGUAUAGUGAUUGGAGUUGGUAUUUUAAGUUUUGGAGUAUUAUGUGGUGCGUUUUAUCAAUUUUCGAGUGUUACAAGCAAAUACAGAAAAGCUGUAACAGUUUUGUAUGAAGAUCCAAUAGAAGAAGUAGAAAGGAAAAUCUUGAUUGCUAGUGGCAUACCGAUUAGAUCUGGUGACAAAAUUAGAAAAUUACUGGAAGAAGAAGCUAGAACAGAUUUGCCAAAAACUGUAAUGGAUGAAAGUUUUUCGGACUUUCAGGAGAAAAAACAGUAUACUACUGGACCAAAAAUUACACAGAAGACUAAGCCCAAAGUUGUUAGGAAGAAACCUUUGAAAAGUAGAGCCCAGAAAGAUAUAAGGACUUUUGUGAAAAGCAAGGAAAAUGAUUUGGUAUCAUAUUCUAAAGACUUUGACAAAGUUUGUAAAAAGAAUGGUUUAGAUGUUGAUUCUGAACAAUUACAGCUGGCUAUUGCAUUGUCAAAAUCUCUACAAUCAUCAUCAGAUGGCAAUAAUUCAAAAGUAGCUACAUCUCUAUCUUCACAAGAAAGAACAGAAAAAAUAAGACUUACUUUACAAGAGUAUGGUUUUAAAAUUCCUAAUAAAAAUUUGAAAACUGAUAUAAAUAGAAGAAGAAAAUUCAGGAAGCAGUAUAAACUACUGCUUACAUCAGAUGAAGAGAAAAAACAAAUCAUUUUGGAUAAAUAUUCUGAAGUUUUAGCAACAAAUGUACAUAAAUCUCCUAAAAAAGAUAAUUCUAAAAUUUGUAACAAAGAAACAGUUUUAUAUCACAAGGCUACAAGCAUUCCUUUUGAAUGCAUUAAAAAUAAUGAGACUUUCUAUGUAAAGGAUUUACAUUUUGAAAUUUUACAUGAUAUUUGUUUGUUACGAGAUUGGUCAAACAUUCCAGGUAGACCAUCGAGUCCUAUGAGAGAAAAAAAUAUUUACUUUAAAUUCAAUGAAAUAAAUUUUACUCAAGAAGAAUUGGAUUAUAUAUUAAGUGGUUCUUUAAAUACAACACAAGAUAUAGUUAAAAAUAAAAAUAUAGGACAGAUACAAGGUUCACAAUCAAGAAUGGGUGUAGACAAUAUAUCAAUAUGUAUUGAUAAUAUGGAAGUUGAAAAUGUCAGUAAAAUUAUAAAUACAUCAAAAAAUUUACAGACCAAAGAUGUUUUAGAAAUAAAUGAGAUUCCUUUAGUGCCUAAAACAUUAUCAGUUACAGAACAAAUUAGAAGUGUAUCACCUGAUCUUUUUGAUGAUGAUUUAUCACUUGUUUAUGAAAAAAGUUCAAGUAAAGAAGCCAGUUUCAAUUUAAAAGAACAAACAGUUUUUAUGGAUUUGACAGAAUGUGUUGCUGAUGUUAAUAAUGAUUUAUGUAAAACUAAUAUUUACAUGUCUCAUGAAGAAAAUAAGAGCGAGAGAAAAUCUAAUGAUUUUAUGGAAAUUACUGAGUGUGCCCCAUCAAGUUCAAAACAUUCACAUGUAGAAGAAAUAGAUCUUACACAAGGCUAUAUAUCAAAUAAAUUGAAAAAUAAUAAAACUUUGGAUCUAAAUAAUUUAGAAAAAAUGGAUUUAACUCAAUCUUCAAAUUCAGAUGCAGAGGAUGAUGCAGAAGUGGUUGAUUCAAAAAAGAAUCAAUCUUUCGAUGAAACAAUUAUAAUAAAUGAUGAUGUUGAACAUUUUCCAGUAUCAGCAAUUGAUAUAUCAUGUUCUUCUAAAACCAAGAAGAAUCAAGAAGUUAUAGUCACUGAAAAUGUAUUAAGUGAUAAUGAUUUAAAUUUACAAGAACAACCUGAACUUAUAGGGAAUUGUUCAAAAGCAACAGAAGAUAUUAUUCCAAUAGAGCAUAAUGUGGAAAGCAGCCCAACUUAUAACUAUACUGAUCAUGUGUUUGAGCACUCCUAUAUUUAUGACUGUGACAAUUUCAACGAAGAUACCAAUCUCGAUUUAGGUUGGAGCCCUGAUCAAAAUAAUGACAUUGAGAAUGAUACACAAGGUGCCUUAAUCGACGUAAUUAACGAUGAUAAUAACAGUAAAGGUAAGGAAAAUUCUAAAAGUUUAAAUAAAUAUCCUGCAAUGGUAAAAUCUGAUAAAGAUAUUAAUUUUGCUAACAAUUCCAUUGUUUAUAUAUCCAAAGAGGUAAAUAUUAUAGAAAAGGAAAGUUCCUCCACAAAUAAUAUGAGCGAUCAAUCAUGUAAUCAUAGAAAUAUUACAGAAGAUUUAGAAAACAUUGAUUAUGACACCAAGAAGAUGAAUAGCAUUUAUGAAACUUCGAAAGAUAUUAAUGAUCAUGAAAGUAACAAAGAUUAUGCUGAAAAUGAACAUAUUGAUUCUAACAAUUUAGUUAAUGCUUCUAAUGAUAUAGAUAAAAAUAAUAUCCCCGAAGGAAACAAUGAGAAUUUAAGUCCGACAGAUAAUUAUAAUGACUAUGUGUUUGAACAUUCAUAUAUUCAUGAUUACUAUGAAAUAAAUUCGCCAGUUUCUAAUGAAAAUAAUGAUAAUGAUCAGAAUGAAAUCGAUUUAACUCAAACCUCAGAUGAAAAUACUGCCCAAACCCAAAAUCAAAAUUCCCUCGGCAAGAAAGAGAAUAUUUCAAUAGAUUAUGACGAGAUUAUUGAUUUAGAAAAUAAAAUUGAUGACAACGAUUUGCACAAAUCUAUAUCUAAGGCAAAAGAAUCAACAGAUGUUUCAAGCUCUAGUAAACAUUCUGAAGUGUUUGAAUUGUCAGACACGGAGUUUAACUAUUCCCUACAUCAAUCAAGGUUCAGUAAUUAUGAUGAUGAUGGGUUCGAUGAUAUAAGUAAAGAAUCUGGAAAGAGAUCUAGCACAAAAUUAAAUAGAUCAAUGAGCGAAAGUGACUUAAAUAACAGAGAAAGCCCUAAACGGAAAAGAAAAUCUCAUAUGUCACAGAAUACAACACCAAUUAAAGAUUUAGGACAACAAUUGAAAGGUGCUUUGACUCAAACACCAGCAAGUAAUGGGUAUAUAAUAAAAACGCGUGAUGUAACGCCAAUGGCUGACUACGCGGCUAUGUCGUCGCCAGAAAGGAAUGAGGAGUUAAAAAGAUAUGGACUAAAACCUUUUAAAAGGAAAAGAGCAAUACAACUUCUUACGUACCUCUACAAUCAAACACACCCAGUAGUAGAAUCAUGUGAUAUAGAAGAAUGUGCGUCUUCCGCAAAGAAAGCAAAAUACAACACAGAACAAGUACAAAAAUCACCAAAAAAAUCUCCUCGAAAAGCCUUAAAGUAUUCAAAGAGUCCAAUAAAAUCAUCUAAUUUAAUAAAAGAUGUGGAAAAGGAAAAUUUAUUGUACAUUCAAACUAAGGAUGUUCCUGAUAUCAAAGAAAUUUACUCUGAACCAGAAGAUUGGGUUUUUCAAGCACGAGAAAAAGCUAAGGUACAUUCAUGCAGAGUUCCAUUACAUAUAGCAUUUCACAAUUACGUAUCGUGUCGCAAAUAUUUACGAGAGUCGAUAUUAAGAUACGAGCCCGUCAAUAUUGAUGUUAUUCAUAAAGAACUCGUUUCAAUAGGCUAUAGAUAUAAUCCUAAGGACCUGCUUAAAUUUAUGGAUAAAAAGUGCAUCACAGUGAAAACGGUAGAUAACAAUGCAAGAAAUAGAAAG